UUGGCAAUCAAACACUUCCCUAUUUAACUUGUUUCUUUAUUAAAAAGUUAAAUAAAUGUGUUAAAAGAUGACGCGGACGUGCAGAAUAUGUGGCUGUGACGACGGACGUUACUGGAUUGAGACGCCCGUCGAAAAAUAUGCGGAGAAAACCUUCGGCCAACUGCUACUUGAGCUAACACGAAUAGAGGUGGCGAUGGCUCAGGCGGAGAAGUUUCCUCAGUGGCUUUGCAACGCUUGUACCGAGAAAUUGGAGAGCACCUAUGACUUUGUGCUGCAGGCGCGCCAGACGCACGAGCUGUGGAUACAGAAACUAGAGAACUCUGUAAACGGGGAUGACGGAAUUCAGGUCACGGAAGCCUUGGAGUGCCUGCGCGAAACACCUAUCCACCUGUUCGAAAUAGAGGGAGUGACCAUCAAGACCGAGGAGCUAGCAUCCACUCAUCAAGUUACCAAGGCAGAUCCUCUAGUGCGCACGCGCUUCGUCAAGCGGAGCAUUGUUCACUUCAGCGAUUCGGAUGAUGACCAGGACGAUGUACCCCUACGUCAGCGCAAGAUUAACAAUUCGCUCUGCACUACAGAGCCGCCGAGGGAGAAUGUCUGCGAGCUGUGCAACAAGGCCUUCAGAUAUGUCACUAAUUUAUAUCGGCACAAGCAAAGGGAACAUGGAAUUUUUGGGAAGAAUGGAGAAGACUAUGAGGAAGACUACUACAAGUGUGACCAAUGCGACAAGACCUACAAGUACGUGAUGGCCCUUGUUAAGCACAAGCACCACGAACAUGGAGCUAGUCUCCUACCCACUAAGAUGUCCAGGCGGAAAUUACCUGGCAGGCCAUCGGCAUUGCCUGAAGAAGCCAGUCCAACUAGCCCAGCUUCCACCUCUGGAACAUCCACACAUCGCAGUAAAACUAACAACGACACCCUGGUGCACAGCAUCAUCAAAGGAGUGGAACUAUCUGAUGAGGAUGACAACAGUAGCGCAGAUAACUACUAUAAGUGUGAUCAGUGCAGCAAAUCCUACAAGUACAUAGUAAGCUUGAUCAAGCACAAACACAAAGAGCAUUCCGACAAACAGUCUGACAAGCAGUCGGACUCCGAGGACGAUCAGCCACUUGCCUCUACAUCUGCCUCGGCAGUUGCACCAGCCGCCAAGCCAUCAAGGAUCAAUCGACGAGUUGAUGACUUCGAUUACCAUCGCUGCGAACCAAACGGAGCCAAGGAAAUCAAGUGUAUGAUCUGCUUGCGACGGUUUACCAAACUGCGUGAGCUGAGGGAUCACUUGCAGAAUCAUCCAACUGACUUCGACUUCGAGGCGCAUGGAGAGCCAAUCGAGCGAAUUGCAGAAGGAUUCUUCAAAACAGCCGUGGAGUCUACCACAGAGGGUUUGAAGAGGCGUAUUUUUCGGGAUCUCAGGAUGGGCGUAUAUGGGCGGUACUAUUCCAUUACGAAUCAAGCGCGCUACGAGAUGUCCCUGGACAGCUCGGAUACGGAUAGCGAUGGGGAAAGUGAGACAGACGUCGUCAUCCGGCGAAGUUAUUCCUGUGAACUGUGCGAUUCACCUGAAGCUAGGUGGCCGCGGAAGUACCUGCUGCACCAACACCACCGAAAGGAGCACACCUGGCUGGAUGCCCCGCAUGUCUGCCAGCGCUGCGACUCGCGAUUUCUCAGUGCUCAGCUUUUAGAGCAUCAUACCAGUCAGCUGUGCCAAAACACUCUAAAACGGUUCAUGUGCGACAAGUGCCCUCAACGAUUCUUCUGGCGCAAGAACCUGCGCGCACAUCUUGUGGAGCACAAAAGCAAGCAAGAGACUUAUCCGUGCGAUCAGUGCUCCCGGAGCUUCCAAGAUAAGAGUGCCGUAACCAAGCACAAGCUGAUGAUGCACAGGGAUAGUAACAUGCAGCUCCUUCCCUGCCGUUGGUGCACUCGCACCUUCUACCGCCCCGCACUACUAUAUAAACACUUGCAGAGACACGGAUUUACUGGUCAGGACCUGCCCUUGGCUGAAACUCUGCUGGCAGAUGCUUCAAAACCAUCGGGACCCAAGAGCAUCCAGUGUAAACUGUGCGACAUUCAGUUUAUUAGCGUGGCUGACUUGCGAAGGCACAUAUCCAUGCAGGGCCACAGCGAUCAGCCGUCAGCGUACAUGAUUAGUACUGCAACUGGUUUUGAGCUCCUGCUGGAGGAUACGGAUGAUAGUGAUGAGGAAAGCACCGGCAGGUCUUACUCCUGCGACCUUUGUGAUCUGAACUUCCGACGCCGACGGGAAUUGAGUGAGCACCAGUACUCCCUCCAUAGCUUCGACAAGCUUCCACACUCUUGUGAACAUUGCAUUUUUAAGACUGUUGAUAAGUACAUGCUGGAUCAGCAUCUUAGAACGCAGUGUAAGAAUACCGAGAAGAAGUUUGUCUGCUCGCGAUGUGGCUACAAGUUUAUGUGGGAAGAGAAUCUUGCUCAGCAUCUUGCCACCCAGCACUCAAAACAAGCCACCGUUCCAGAGCAACAGCCCCCAAUGAGGAGAAAGCGACGCUUCCGUUAUCAAUGCCCUCACUGUUGGCGAUCCUUUGUCGUGCAGCCCAGCUUGGAGAAGCACAUCCGGGACAUGCAUGUGGCCAAGAAGAAUCCUGGAAAAAAAUACCUAUGUUCUUUGUGCGGUCUGGAAUCGUUGACCCCGAACAAGCUAAACAUCCAUAUGCGACGUCACAUGGGCGAGAAGCCCUUCAAGUGUGAUCUCUGUGACAUGCGAUUUACUGUCCACUAUGAGUUGAAGGUUCACCGCCGGAAACAUACCGGCGAACGACCCUAUCAAUGCACCUUUUGUGCCAAAGACUUCGCACGUCCGGACAAACUUCGGCGACAUGUUUUUAUGCACAAUGUCAAGUCGUAAAUUCAUAAUUUUAAGACUAUUUGAUAAGCUAAGAGUAGAAGGAUUUUAUUACAAAUAGGUCCUAUUAAUUCAUGAGUCUGAAAAGAGGUCAUUAGCAGAAAAUAGGGGUAUACGCCAAAAAUGUACUUAAUCAGCUAUAAAAUAAAUAAAACUUUGAGUGGACUUCU